UCCCCCCAGUUACAAACUACAAACCCUGGCAGCGCGCUCCCGUGAGCUAAUUCAUUGUAUCAGAUUGAGACGGGAGGAAGCAACGAGCGACUCGCCUGCUCGGAAACUGCACCGGGAAACAGAAAAAAUCCGACAGCAAGCCAUAUAAACUGCAGGGAUGGCAGCCAUCCGCAAGAAGCUGGUGAUAGUGGGGGAUGGAGCUUGUGGAAAGACCUGCCUUCUGAUAGUUUUCAGCAAGGACCAGUUCCCUGAGGUCUACGUCCCCACUGUGUUUGAGAACUACGUCGCUGACAUAGAAGUGGAUAGCAAACAGGUGGAAUUGGCGCUCUGGGAUACUGCAGGUCAGGAGGACUACGACAGGCUGAGACCUCUCUCCUACCCCGACACUGACGUCAUCCUCAUGUGCUUCUCCAUAGACAGCCCAGACAGCCUGGAAAACAUUCCAGAGAAGUGGACCCCAGAGGUGAAACACUUCUGUCCUAAUGUUCCCAUUAUCCUGGUUGGAAACAAGAAGGACCUGCGUAACGAUGAGCACACACGCCGAGAGCUGGCCAAGAUGAAACAGGAGCCGGUAAAGUCCGAGGAGGGCCGAGACAUGGCCGGCAGGAUCGCGGCCUUCGGCUACAUGGAGUGCUCUGCGAAGACCAAGGAUGGUGUGCGGGAGGUGUUCGAGAUGGCCACCAGGGCGGCACUGCAGGCCCGCCGCGGAAAGAAGAGCAAUAAAUGUGUCGUGCUGUAAAAUGGCUGACAUAUCUGGACUGUUUUCACGCUGGGCUUCUCCAGCCAGGGCUUGGAGAGGGACUGAGGGAUUACUAGAUGAGGGA